UGAUCUCCUCGUAACAACUGCCUUAUUUAAAAUCACGAUGGCAGUGACUGACCUUAAAAUAUAUACGUUCCACGCGAUUUUGUGAAAUUUCUCGUCUAAUAAUAGAUAAAGAAUGUCGAUAAUAUGUUAAUUUUUUCUAUGCCUUCACUACUAUUGAACUAUUGAACAUGAGUAAAAGCGGUGGACUCCUGAAUAUAUACAGGGCGUUCGAGAAAAGACAUAUGGUUCUGAAUCAAUCACUGCGAUCAGGAGUUUUGAUUGGUUCAGGCGAUUUCAUAUCUCAGACAUGCAUUGAGAAAAAAAAACUCGGUGAUGUUGACUUUGGCAGGACUUGUAGAGUUUUUGCAGUAGGUGCAAUGUUGGUGGGUCCCCAUGUAUCCGGCUGGUACAUCAUCCUCUCGAAGAUGUUUGGAACAUCCGGACCUGUAAGCGCUUUUCAAAAAAUCGCAGCAGAUCAAUUGAUGUUCGCUCCAUACAUCUUAGCAGUUACCAUGGCUGGCAUCAACACUUUGGAAGGCCACGGUUGGGAGUUCACUAAAGAACAAAUGAACUUGAAGUACACAGACAUUCUGUUGACCGGUUAUAAACUUUGGCCGGCAGUGCAGCUGAUAAAUUUCAACUUCGUUCCUGUAAAGUAUCAAGUUUUGGUUGUUCAGUGUGUGGGUGUCAUGUGGAAUACGUUUUUGUGUUGGAAAGCCCACCAAGGAGUGAACAAAAUAUAAUGUAUUUAUAUAUUUAUUCAUUAGAAAAAUGUUGGCUGAUUGCAUUUCGGGUGUUUAACCUAUGUUUUUGCACUUCAUAAGAAAAUAAACAGAUUUUAUCUUCAAAAUAA